AUGGCUAAGCAUCAUCCAGAUCUUAUUAUGUGUAGAAAGUAGCCUGGUAUAUCAAUAGGCAGAUUAUGUGAAAAGCACGAUGGUUUAUGUGUAAUAUGCGAUUCUUAUGUACGUCCUUGCAGUUUAGUUAAAGUUUGUGAUGAAUGUAAUUAUGGUUCUUUCUAAGGAAGAUGCGUUAUUUGCGGUGGUACUGGUAUUUCUGAUGCAUAUUAUUGUAAAGAAUGCGUUUAAUGUGAAAAGGAUAGAGAUGGAUGUCCCAAAAUUAUUAAUUUAGGUUCUGCAAAAACGGAUCUAUUCUAUGAACGUAAAAAGUAUGGAUUCAAAAAACGAUGA